UCUCUGGACUUUGAUCGUUAAGUAUUAUCUACAUCUGAGAUCCUGCUCUCCAUCGGAGUUGCUUUGAGUCUGCUGAGGGGAAACUUUAUGACCCGGCUGACUGUGGGGUGGUAAAAGUCUGAGCAGGUAGAGGCAGAUCGUCCUUAUUAGGGAGCGCCAUCCGGUGCGUCAGCCCCAACUCGCCCCUGCACUGUUCCGACUUUGACAAGUGCAGGGGGAUUCAUUUAAUCGCAUCAAACAAAGAGAAUAAAGACCGGCAUGGAUCACCUCUGGAUUUUCACCGCACUCAUUCUCAUGACUGACAGAUUCCACCAGUCACAGUCCUUCAACGUUGGCACUGCAGGGGCCAAGAUCUUCAGCGGCCCCGCGUCAGAAGAGUUCGGCUACACAGUCCAACAGGCCACCAACCAUCAGGGCAAAUGGAUCUUGGUUGGUGCUCCAUGGAGUGGUUUCAGUGCAAACAGGAAGGGGGAUGUUUACAAGUGUCCAGUGUCAGGAUCCAGAAACAGCUGUGACAAGCUCAACCUUCAAGAUGCUAUUAGUAUUCCAAAUGUUAAAGAAGUCAGUGUCAACAUGUCGCUGGGUUUGACACUUACCCGGAUGCCAGCUGUAAAUGAUUUGAUGUUGUGCGGUCCACUGUGGGGACAGCAGUGUGGUGAUCUAAACUUCUACCCAGGGAUAUGUGCAAAAUUGAACCCACUCUUUCAACCCCAACCUGCCUUCUCUCCUGCUGUCCAGACAUGUGGAGGGCCCAUGGACAUUGUAAUUGUUUUGGAUGGCUCCAACAGCAUUUAUCCAUGGGAACCAAUGACAGACUUCUUGAAGAAAUUAAUACCUUCCCUAGACAUUGGGCCUCAAAGUACACAGGUCAGCCUCAUUCAGUAUGCAGUUAAUCCCAAAUUUGAGUUCAAGUUGAAUGAUUAUAAAACCAGAGAAGAGGUGAUUGCGAAAGCAUCCACAGUUAAGCAGAUGUUAGGUCAAGCUACCAAUACCUUCCGUGCCAUCCAGUAUGCCAGUCAGGAUGGUUUCGAUCAAAGCAAUGGUGGUCGGCCUGGGGCUGCCAAAGUCAUGGUGGUGGUCACUGACGGAGAGUCCCACGAUGAGUCUCUCAGAGACAACGUCAUUGCUGAAUGUGAGAGGCAGGGAAUCACCCGUUUCGGUAUUGCGGUGUUGGGCUACUACAUAAGAAAUAACAUAGAUACUAAAAACCUUGUUGAAGAAAUCAAAUCCAUUGCCAGUUCACCAACAGAGAGGUUCUUUUUCAACGUGUCUGAGGAGGCAGCUCUUUCCACCAUCGCUGGAACUCUGGGGAACCGCAUCUUCAACAUAGAGGGCACCGGAAAAGGAGCUGAUAACUUCAAGAUGGAGAUGGCCCAGGCUGGAUUUAGUGCACAUUACUCCAGCAAACAGGAUGUGAUGAUGCUCGGGGCAGUGGGGGCCUACGCUUGGAGUGGAACUGUCAUCCAUCAGACAGGCUCAAAUGUGAACAUUCUUCCUUUCUCGGCCUUUGAGAGGACACUGCAAGACAGAAAUCACAGCUCAUUAUUAGGUUACUCUGUCACCACUCUGAAUGACGGCUCUACAGAAUACUUUGUGGCAGGUGCACCUCGCUCCAACCACUCGGGGCAAGUUAUCGUUUACACCAUCGAUUCUCAGAAGCAAUCCGCUGUCGUGGAUUCGGAAAGAGGGAAACAGAUCGGGUCAUACUUUGGAAGUGUGUUAUGCCCCCUGGAUGUGGACAAGGAUGGGGUGACAGACCUGCUGCUGGUUGGAGCACCCAUGUAUAUGAGCGAGCUGCAGAAAGAAGAAGGCAGGGUCUACCUAUUCUCCGUCACCAAGGGUAUCCUGAACGAGCAGGGAUUCCUCAGCGGCCCGUCCCAAACUGAGAAUGCACGUUUUGGAUCAGCCAUUUCUGCCAUUCCUGACCUGGACCUCGACGGUUACAGCGACGUUGUGGUCGGAGCUCCACUCGAGGACAUGGGGAAAGGUGCCAUUUACGUCUACAAUGGGUACGCGACGACAUUAAAUAAACGCUUCUCACAGAAAAUCAUCGGCUCAAAACUGGAUCCUCAACUUCAAUAUUUUGGAAGGUCCCUGGAUGGCUAUAAAGAUCUGAAUGAUGAUACCCUCCCUGACAUUUCUGUUGGAGCAUACGGCAAAGUGGUGCAGCUCUGGUCCAGAGGUGUGGCGACUGUUACAGCUAAAACUUCCUUCACACCCAAUAAGAUCAACAUAUUCGACAGACAGUGUGACAUUAAUGGACGCAUGCUUUCAUGUUUCAACAUCAAGCUGUGUUUCAGUGCUUCAUUCAGACCAAAGAAACCCGUUGGACCCAUCGAUAUAACCUUCAAUAUUACUCUGGACGCUAACUUGAAGGAUUCACGAGUGACGUCAAGAGGGCUGUUCAAAGUGAAUGGCGAACGCUUCCUUAAAGACAGGGCAAAAAUAUCAUCUGAGCCUCUGUGUCGAGACUACCAGGUUUAUGUCCAGGAGACACCAAACAUUGUCAAUUCCCUCAGUCUGAAAGUGGAAAUUGGCCAGGGAAAUGAGGACGCCAACCCUGUCCUCGACACGUUUUCUCCGAGUGCAUUUGAAUCCGAAAUCCCCUUCACAAAAGACUGUGGAUCUGAUGAUGUGUGCAAUAGUGACCUUGUGCUGGAAGUCAGGACCGACUCUAAAGCAUCCAGGUCAGCUCCCAUUCUGGUCAGCGCUAAUAGAAACGAACUGUCCUUUGAGGUUACUGUGAAGAACAAAAAGGAGAAUGCAUACAACUCCCAGGUCCUGGCCAAGUACUCCAGAAAUCUGUACUACUCAUCGUCCUCGUCUACGGAUGGUGUCAAAUGCACUGUUACGCAAACUGACACGGUCAGCUGUCAAGUGGGAAACGCAGCAUUAAAAACAGGCGAAGAGGUUACAUUUCUCAUCACUUUUGACUACAAUUUUGACUUGCUGCAAAACCAAGCCGGGGUGAAAUUUGAGGCCAAGAGUGAUGGCGAAGAGGAAAGACCUGAAGACAAUGUUGUGGACGUGUCCCUUCCUCUUCAGUAUGACACAGGAAUUGUGUUGUCCCGGCAGUCAAAUAUAAAUUUUUAUGUGGCAAAUGCGACCACUCAAGUGAUAACAACAGUGAAGACUCUAGAUGACAUCGGCCCAGAAUUUAACUUUACAGUCAAGGUUUCAACAGGACACUUCCCUGUCAGCCUCCUGUAUUUGACCAUUUCUCUGCCAAUGACGACCAAAGGUGGAAAUCAGCUCCUCUAUCUCACCAAUGUGGAGACACAAACAGGAGGUUCUGUUAGCUGUGACUCUGCCCAGCUGGUUAACCCUCUGAAGAUCGGUGAGAACAGUCCCGAGGUUUCCUUCUCCGAGGAGAACCUCAAAGGCAUGGAUAAACUGGACUGCAAGAGUGCAAAGUGUGAAUCUAUAAAGUGCCUCCUGAAAGACACAGAGGUUAAAAGCGACUACUUUGUGAAGGUUAAAACGAGGAUCUGGAGGGGCACCUUCAAUACGGCAACAUAUCAGACCCUUGAGCUGACGUCCAGUCUGGAUGUGGAAACCUCAGACCCAGAGCUGCUCAUCAUUGGACACAAACAGAUUCCUGUGGUGGUGACAGUUAGCAAACCUGGAGAGAAGGGGGAUGUUCCUGUGGGCGUGAUAGCCGGCAGCGUCAUAGCAGGACUGCUGCUGUUGGCUCUGGCUGUGGGACUGUUGUGGAAGUUUGGGUUUUUCAAAAGAAAAUACCAGCAGCUCGGGAAGGAGGCUGAUGAAGACAUGCAGAGCCGCGCUCAUGUUGAUGAAGUGCUGUGAAACCCACAGCAUUCAUUCUCCAAUGUACAUUUCCAGAACGCAUAUUAGCAAAUAUGACUCUAGCUCAAUCACUGGAAAUUGGGCACUUUAAUGGAACGGACGCUGAGCAGUUGAUAACUGGGACUAAAUCCUCUAAUCAGAGGAUUAUUGACAUUGUGUUUUUCUUGGUGGAUUGUACUGUAUUUGCUCCUGUGCACUUAUUUUUUAAAAACCCUAACAACAUUUUUUGUUUGCUUGUAUUAAAAAAAAUUAAGGCAACCACAAACAUGAAAAUUAGAUAUUAGGAGGUAGAUGAGCUAAUGAGUUAGAUGCACCCUGAUUUUUACGGUUAGAACAUAUAAAUUAUGAAUUGUCAUCUGAUGUGAGCAAUUCUGGAAGAGAGGAGUGACAGUAUUUUGAAUCUGGAUAUGAUAUAAUCAUUGGUAAAAACUCUUAUUUGCUUACACUUCAAUCUUUCGUAGCAUACAGAUUAUAAGCAGUCUCUUUGUAGCAAAACUUCUUUUGGGAUCCGCUUCACCUCAAACUCUCAGGGCUACUUCUGGAUUAAUGUUAGUAACUAAUGCUUAUACAUAAUAUUGACAGGUUAUAUGCAAAUAAGAGACAAUACCAGUCAUCCUUCAGAGGGCUUAAUAUGUGAUUUUACUGUGUAUAUACUUUAUAUUUUUGUAUGAUCAAGCUCAUAUGUUUUGUACUGUUUUUGUAUCAUACAGAGUUGGAACUUGUCUUACUGUUAUUGAUCACAUUUCUGGUACGAAUGUUUAAAGUUUCGCUAUUUCUAGCACAACUUCUCAGUAAGAUGAUACUGUCAGACCAAUAUUUACAUGAAUUAAUAAUCUGCUGAUCACUGUUAAUUAUCUUAUUUUUGCCUGUUCUAUAUCAGAAAAUCCUUUUUUUUAAGUCCAAGCUAUUCAGACGCUAUUGGAUCAGAGAACUGCUGAUCAACAAAACUAAUUCAAAAUACAGUUUGUUUUUUUCUCCAUGUAUGUUAAUUCAAAAAGCUUAAAAAAGGGCAACUGUAUAUUUUUCUCCCAGUUUCUCUAAUUCAUGUUUAUAGGAUUACCAUGACUUGGAUGACUGAGUCACCGGCAUUUUCCAUGCAUGUCGUUCAUUGCACAACACAAAGUUUGUACUUUUAAAUUUAUAAGAAAUGUGUUUGCAGUUUUCUCUUCAAACAUAAAUUGUGCAUACGUUUCAUUUGGUACCAGAAUUAUGGUUCUGUUAAGAAAACCCAGAUCAUUUUUCUGGAUUGAGGCAUGUAAUAGCACAACAAUUCCAUCAGAUGGCAGCAUAGGACUGCUGAGUUGUUUUUUUAUCUCAAAGUUCAGCUGGUGAUUGUGAUCAUAUCUUCUCUGACCAUCAUCAUUUUUAUUAAGAUUGUAUCUUUCCUGUCUUAUCUUGUCAUAUGGUGUCUCCCUAUUUCCCUCUUUCUCACUCAGACACCGUUAGAAGUCCUAACCCUUCCAGGAACACACUUUAUUUUUAUUUCAAUGCAGCUGAGGUUUUCUAUCAAACUCAUUUAAUUUUCUCUCACAUUUUUAACUGUAGAGCUCUCCCACUGUUAGAUUAUUCUGUCCCUCGACUGUUUUGGAAUUUGUUUCUGACUGUUUCCCUUCUCAGUGAGCCAACACCAGCACCCAGCAGUCUUUAAUAUUCACUUCUCUGGAUCUGGCGAGAUGGAAAAUGCUAUUUGUCUCUAAUAAGUAGCAUAUUUUCUGGGAGCUCGGGUUCAGGUUUUCCUUUUAUAUAGGAUUUGAUAAAUGGCUGAACUACUCUCUUUCACUAUUACUCAUAUGCUGCGGUGUUGUGAAACAGCCUUUGGAUUCUAUGUAUAGGUGUACAGGGAGCAAUGUGGACAUAGUGGAUGAAAUGAGAUACUGCAAACGAUUUUGUGCACGUUUGUAAGAUAGUCCCACUGGGAUUUGCUUCAGAUGAUUGGCAGUUACAGCCAAACAACUGACCCCCACGCCCCGGUGGGAUGAUUACUCACAAAUUGCUGCAACCUGCAUGUAAAUCAAAAAUGAUGUCAUAGCAGAUUAUUUAACGGGUGACCUUUGUUUGCACUUUAUGAAACGCUGCCUAGAUCUUUGCCGCUUUUUCUAAGGUUUUUAAAAAGUCAUUUUGAGAGGAUUUUCUCAACAAAUUACUGUUGAACCAGUAGAUAUGAUAAAAGUAGAUUAUGGAUAGGGGAAUUUUAGGAGAUAGACCAAAAAGUACUUCAGUCAGUUCAAAGUUUGGCUCUUUCAUGCCAAAACUCCUCAAAUGGCAUCAGGAGUGUGCUCUGAGUUGUUGACUUUGGAUCGAAAAGCAUUUCAGUCAACGUGAAUAAUUCGCCCAUGGGUCCGUUUAAACCCAAUUCCACUCAGAUCCGCGACAUGGAGCCCUGGUUGUCCCGUUGCCUAUACGCCAUUCAUGGCAGCAGGACAACUGCCAGCACUUUAAAGUUGAUACAGGGCAGAAAUAUACUUGCAUGUCAGGAAGUGUUUUGAAGCUCCACACCUUCAAAGACACUGAUCUCAUAGAUCACUCAGACAGGACACUGACUGAUUUUCAGAAGAGAACUAGACGGCCAGUGCGAGGACAUCACAUCAAGUGUUGGGGGGGACAUAAGGGUGUCCCCAGCAUUUGCUACUUAUUCGGACCUUUUUUGGAGUCGUACAAAACCCCAUGCAAGACAGGUGUUUUCCAGCAAAAGUGAAAGGAUGAUAAAUGGAGGUUAUGAGUCUGGUUCAAGCAGCGAUGACCAAUCAUGACUGAGCCUUUUUUUUUUAUUUGAACAAAGUUCAUGUGUUUCUUUUCUAUUUAUUAUGUAUCUGUUGUUACUGUGGCAAUAAAUCUAUCUUAAA